UACAGACCACUCCCCUUGCGGGCACAAGGAAUCUGAGAUGAGGGUGAACUAGAUUCUGAUGAUCAUCUUGCUGUCACCUGUAGUGACAGGGUAAAAAACUUGAACAUGCCUCGUAGCCCAACAUCAAGUGAAGAUGAAAUGGCACAAAGCUUUUCUGACUAUUCUGUGGAAUCUGAAUCAGACAGUUCCAAAGAAGAAACUAUUUAUGACACAAUUAGAGCAACUGCAGAAAAGCCAAGCAGCAGAAUGGAAGACAGUCAGAGCAACACAUUAGUGAUUCGAAUUAUAAUACCUGACCUGCAGCAAACGAAAUGCAUUAGAUUUAACCCAGAAGCUUCAGUGUGGGUUGCAAAGCAGCGAAUUUUGUGCACUUUGAAUCAGAGUUUGAAAGAUGUCCUGAAUUAUGGACUGUUCCAGCCUGCAAGCAAUGGUAGAGAUGGGAAGUUUUUGGAUGAGGAACGACUCCUGAGGGAAUACCCACAGCCAGUGAACAAGGGAGUUCCUUCACUUGAGUUUCGAUACAAGAAAAGAGUGUACAAGCAGUUCAACUUGGAUGAAAAGCAACUGGCCAAGCUCCAUACCAAGGCUAAUUUGAGAAAAUUCAUGGAUCAUGUCCACCAUCUCUCUGUGGAAAAAAUGACCAAGAUGUUGGACCGAGGACUGGACCCCAACUAUCAUGAUCUGGAAAGUGGAGAAACACCCCUAACUUUGGCAGCUCAGCUUGACAAUACAGUGGAAGUGAUAAAAGCUCUGAAAAAUGGAGGAGCACAUUUAGACUUCAGAGCCAAAGAUGGAAUGACAGCUCUGCACAAAGCAGCCAGGGCCAAGAACCAAGUAGCCCUCAAGACCCUUUUAGAGCUGGGAGCAUCUCCCAACUACAAGGACAGCUGUGGCCUGACCCCGCUGUACCACACGGCUGUCGUGGGAGGGGAUCCCUACUGCUGUGAGCUCUUACUCCAUGAACAUGCCACAGUGAGCUGCAAAGAUGAAAAUGGAUGGCAAGAAAUCCAUCAGGCUUGCAGGUAUGGACAUGUCCAACACCUGGAGCACCUCCUCUUCUAUGGCGCCGACAUGUGUGCCCAGAACGCCUCAGGAAACACGGCCCUGCACAUCUGUGCCCUCUAUAACCAGGAGAGCUGUGCAAGAGUCCUGCUGUUCCGGGGAGCCAACAAGGAGAUUAAGAAUUACAACAGCCAGUCUCCAUUUCAGGUGGCUAUAAUAGCUGGAAAUUUUGAGCUUGCUGAAUAUAUCAAGAAUCACAGGGAAGCUGAUAUUGUGCCCUUUAGGGAGGCUCCCACCUAUUCCAGCAGAAGGCGGAGACCUCCGAACACCUUGGCAGCCCCUCGGAUCUUGCUCCGCUCCAACAGCGAUAACAACCUGAACAUCAACAACCUCCCUGAGUGGUCAGCAUCCUCCUCUGCCUCUUCACACCGCAGCCUUUCACCUCAUCUGCUUCAACAGAUGCAGAAUAAUCCCAAUGGAACUGUAAAAACCGUGGGGAGUUACACUCCGUCCUCCCGGAGCCGGUCACCAUCCCUGAACAGGCUGGGAGACGAUGCCAAGCGGCAGCAGCACAGGCACAUCAGUGCCAUUUACAGUCCUAGUGCCAACAAGGAUACACUGUCUGCCUUGGAUUAUCAGGGUCCCAAACGGAAGCUUUACAGUGCUGUUCCUGGAAGACUUUUUAUUGUAGUAAAGCCAUAUCAACCUCAAGGGGAAGGGGAAAUUCACCUGCACAAAGGAGACAGAGUCAAAGUUCUAAGCAUUGGAGAAGGUGGAUUCUGGGAAGGCAGCACCCGGGGACAUAUUGGCUGGUUUCCUGCAGAAUGUGUUGAAGAAGUUCAGUGCAAACCAAAUGAAAGCAAAGCAGAAACACGAACAGAUAGAACAAAGAAGCUGUUUAGACACUACACAGUUGGAUCCUAUGACAGCUUUGAUGCUUCAAGUGACUGCAUAAUAGAAGAAAAGGCAGUGGUCCUGCAGAAAAAAGACAAUGAAGGAUUUGGAUUUGUGCUCAGAGGGGCAAAAGCUGACACACCAAUUGAAGAAUUCACCCCAACUCCAGCCUUUCCUGCUUUGCAGUACUUGGAAUCUGUGGAUGAAGGGGGAGUAGCAUGGCAAGCUGGCCUGAGAACUGGAGACUUUUUGAUCGAGGUUAAUAAUGAGAAUGUAGUGAAAGUUGGCCACAGGCAGGUGGUGAACAUGAUUCGGCAAGGGGGCAAUCACCUCGUUCUUAAGGUUGUCACAGUAACCAGGAAUCUUGAUCCAGAUGACACAGCUAGAAAGAAAGCCCCACCACCUCCUAAGCGAGCUCCAACCACUGCACUGACCCUGCGGUCUAAGUCAAUGACCUCAGAGCUUGAAGAGCUUGUGGAUAAAGCUUCAGUACGGAAGAAGAAGGAUAAGGUGGAUGAAAUAAUACCAGUUUCCAAGCCAUCAAGAAUUGCAGACAAUGCAGCUGUGGACUCGAGAGUGGCAACGAUAAAACAGAGGCCUUCUAGUAGAUGUUUUCCCUCAGCUACAGAUAUGAAUUCCAUGUAUGAGAGACAGGGUAUUGCCGUGAUGACGCCCACUGUACCAGGGAGUCCUCAAGGUCCGUUUCUGGGUAUACCUCGGGGUACAAUGAGGAGGCAAAAAUCUAUAGGAAUAACAGAGGAAGAACGACAGUUUCUGGCUCCUCCUAUGCUGAAGUUUACCAGAAGUCUCUCAAUGCCUGACACCUCUGAAGAUAUCCCACCACCACCACAGUCCUUACCUCCUUCACCACCACCACCUUCUCCCUCUCUGUACAACUCCCCCAAAUCCCUGACAACAAGGAGCUAUGGAACUAUUAAACCUCCAUUUAACCAGAAUUCAGGUGCAAAAAUUUCCUUGGUUAGGCCUGAGAGCGUGGGAACGAUGAUAAGGGACAAAGGGAUCUAUUACAGACGAGAGCUGGACCGAUACUCUCUGGACUCAGAAGACCUGUACAGUCGAAGUGCUGCAGCUCAGGCAAAUUUCAGGAACAAGAGAGGUCAGAUGCCAGAAAAUCCAUAUUCUGAGGUUGGGAAGAUUGCAAGCAAAGCAGUUUACGUGCCGGCCAAACCAGCGAGGCGGAAGGGGAUGCUGGUGAAACAAUCCAAUGUUGAGGACAGUCCAGAAAAGACCUGCUCUAUUCCAAUCCCAACAAUCAUUGUGAAAGAGCCAUCCACCAGCAGCAGUGGGAAAAGCAGCCAAGGGAGCAGCAUGGAGAUCGAUCCUCAGUCUUCAGAGCAACCAGGGCAGCUCCGGCCCGAUGACAGCUUGGGUGUCAGCAGUCCGUUUGCAGCAGCCAUUGCAGGGGCAGUGAGGGACAGGGAAAAGAGGUUGGAAGCAAGGAGGAAUUCUCCAGCCUUCCUUUCCACAGACCUGGGAGAUGAGGAUGUUGGGCUAACCCCGCCAACACCACGCAUGAGGCAGUCUAAGUUUACCGAUGAAGCAAUGUUCAGUAGCGAGGAUGGUUUCAGACAGCUCAUGUCACCAUCACCUAUUCCUGCACCCAGAGAGCCUGAAAGUCUCUUUAAUAGCAGUGAGCCCAGCAAUCAGAGUGACUCAAGGACAUUAAAUGUUUCGUCCAAAAUAAAAGGUACUGACAAUAGUGCAGUGGCAGCCAAGUCCACGAACGCAUCCAGCCCAGAGAGUUACGUGCACCCGGUCACAGGGAAGCUGUUGGAUCCAAACUCACCACUAGCCCUCGCGCUCUCUGCCAGGGACAGAGCCAUGAAAGAACAAACACAGCAGAUUCCAGGCAAAGGAGAUGCUGUCAAAACAGACCUUAACAAACCACUUUACAUCGAUACAAAGCUGAGACCCAACAUGGAAACAACUUUUCCUGUUACUGCCACUGUCACGAGGCAAAACACCCGUGGCUUGUUGAGACGGCAGGAGACUGAGAACAAGUAUGAAACAGAUGCAGGGAAAGAAAAGAAAGCUGAGGAGAAGAAGAACAUGUUGAUAAACAUUGUGGAUACCUCACAGCAGAAGUCAGCUGGCUUGUUGAUGGUUCAUACCGUGGACACAGUGAAGUCAGACGAUAUGGUUGAAGAUGAGGAGGAAAAGGAAGCUGAGAUGGAGCCAAGUCCUGAAAACUCCCCACCAGAGAGGGUAGAGGGGAGCAAGGAAGUGGAAGAAAGUGAUCUGAACGCACCUGCUGCACCUGAGCCACCGGCAUCUCCCUGCAAAACCAUCGUGGCAGCAAGCUCUGUUGACGACCCCGUCAUCCUGCCCUUCCGCAUCCCCCCACCACCCUUGGCAUCGGUGGAUAUUGAUGAAGAGUUUAUGUUCACUGAGCCAUUGCCCCCUCCCUUGGAGUUUGCCAACAGCUUUGAUAUCCCCGACGACCGCGCGGCUCCCGGGUCGGCUCUGACAGACCUGAUCACACAGAGGAAGAAUGGCACACCUUUCCCCCCCAGCCAGCCAACAAAUUCCCUAGACAACAAAAAGCAAGUGGGUCUUUCAAACUGUUUGCCUGCCUCCUUUCUGCCACCCCCUGACAGCUUUGAUAACGUCACUGACUCUGGGAUUGAGGAGGUAGACAGCCGAAGUAGUAGUGACCAUCACUUAGAGACAACCAGCACUAUCUCAACGGUGUCCAGCAUCUCUACCUUAUCCUCAGAAGGGGGGGAGAAUGUGGAUACUUGUACAGUCUAUGCAGAUGGGCAAACAUUUCUGGUGGACAAACCCCCAGUACCUCCUAAGCCAAAAAUGAAGCCCAUAAUCAACAAAAGCAAUGCACUUUACAAGGACGCGCUGAUCGAGGAGACUGUGGACAGCUUUGUGAUCCCUCCUCCCGCUCCGCCCCCGCCUCCCAUCAGUGCCCAGCCCAACAUGGCUAAAGUUGUUCCCCAAAGGACAUCCAAGCUAUGGGGGGAUGUGCCGGAGGUGAAAAGCCCGAUUCUCUCAGGCCCCAAGGCUAAUGUUAUUAGUGAAUUGAACUCAAUACUCCAGCAAAUGAACAGAGAGAAAUCCUCAAAGCCAGGGGAGGGAUUGGAGUCACCGACUGGAACAAAGACUGCAAGUCUCAGUACAAGGAGCACGGAAGUCAUGAGUACUGUCUCAGGUACACGAAGUACAACAAUCACUUUCACUGUCCGACCCGGAGCCAGCCAGCCGAUCACACUGCAGAGCAGGUCCCCAGACUAUGACAGUAGGACCUCAGGAGCAAGACAUGCUCCAAGCCCUGUGGUUUCACCAACAGAGAUUAAUAAAGACAUCAUACCUGCCUCUCUGACUGCUUCUGCUUCAGCUUCAUCUCCUUCUCCAACUCUGUCUGAUGUAUUUAGCCUACCUAGCCAGCCCCCUUCUGGGGACUUAUUUGGCUUGACCACAGGGCGCAGCAGGUCUCCUUCUCCCUCAAUAUUACAACAGCCAAUCUCAAAUAAGCCUUUUACAACUAAGCCUGUCCACCUGUGGACUAAACCAGAUGUGGCAGAUUGGUUGGAAAGUCUAAACUUAGGUGAACAUAAAGAAACAUUCAUGGACAAUGAAAUAGAUGGCACACAUUUACCAAAUCUACAGAAGGAAGAUCUGAUAGACCUUGGAGUGACUAGAGUUGGGCACAGAAUGAAUAUAGAAAGAGCUUUGAAGCAGCUGCUGGACAGAUAAGAAUAGCUAUUUUGCCUCACAAACUUCUGUUGAUAACUAGAGAUGGGCUGGUACUGACAUACCCCAAAUGCCUUGUGUGUCUGCGAGUGCCAGCAAAAUUGGGGGAUGGGGAAGGGAAAAACAGUUGAAUUCCUGGUACUCAGGUGAUGCAGACUGUAUGCUACAUGCCCAAACACAAAUCUAAAGAUGUUAAAGUAAGUGGGGCCAUUUUAUUUCAAAGUUGUGGGGAGAUAUGAGAGAGAGACAAUUGUUAACUUCAAAAAUACUAUCUCUUGAUGCCCUUUGCUGGGAUCGUGAUGUACUGCUUUUCCUUCCAUUUCAAAUUGCAAACAUUUCAGGGCUUUUAUUUAUUGAGAAAAAGAAAAAAUAAUUGAAUUUUAUUUUUUCUCUUCUUGACCUUCAGUCUCCGAGCAGGCUUCCUUCCCCAACUCUUGGCUCAUUUUAAGAGUACAGGUUGCUUCAUUACCAUUCAAACCCAUUUUUUUUAGGAGCAGAGGCAUGAUAUUGAGAUGGGUACAGGAGUUCACGUUACUCUUUUUUACUGGUUUAGCUCUCUGAUUUGUUGGCAGUGAAGCUGGUUGUUCUGCUGGAAGUAGUUCAAAGGUAACCUUGCUCUGUUUUACCUGGUAUUUCUUUAUUUCUGCAGUUAUAUUUAGCACUCUUCCAAGGUGGCAGAACAAGUUCAAUAUACGCUCCAUUGACUUGACCUGUAAGAUAAUGCAGAUGUUGCAUAAAACCCAAGGAGGGAUGCACACUUAGAGGUACAAUAAAAUGAAGCUAGUUUGAACCUGAGAUCCCCAGUUUUCAACCAGCUAAACCACUGCUAAUUCACAAUGUGAACUCCACAAGACGGGAAAAAUUUUGGGUCAUGUGCAGAUGCAUCUUUUGGACUCAAAAGUCGGACACUCAAAUAUGCUGGGCCCUGAGAGGUGCUGUUUAAUUCAGUGAGUGGUAAGUGCUUAGUUAUUUUCGACAUCAGGCCAAAAAAGAAGGAAAAAGGCAGAUGAAUGUUCCCAUUGAAGUCAGUGGGAAGGGUGCCAGGAUUUUAGGAUUUCAGCCUGUUAGAAAUGGAAAUGUUUCAGAUUGUUUAAAAAAAAAAAAAAAAGACAAAAAGGUGACACCAAGAUGGAAAGAGAUGUAGAGUGUCUCAGGAUGCAUGUAUUCCAAGAGCCCAAGAGGUUUGGGGAGGGCUCCAGUGUCUCAUUUUAUCACUGUUAACAGGUAUUGGCUUCUUGACAGGCACAGGGUGCUGGGGGGAGGUGGACGCUGCUCAUCCUUUCUUUACAGGACAGAUGUGUUUACCCUGCCAGAAACCAGGGCUGGGUGCUGGGGGCAGAGAGAGCUUUCCAGGAGACUUCAGUCAGCAGGGGAGAAACACCCACAUUUGGUUCACAUGACUUUUAAAAAAAAUUUCUUUUUUAUUUUUUUGACAUAAAUUUUAAAGUUAACAAGUCUCUCUCUACAUGUUUGGACUCCCCUUGUAAUUAACACCUCUGAAUAUCUGUGAGUUUUGUAGGUCUUUAUGGACAGAAUAUUCAAGAUGUUCAAGGUGGGUAAAUUGAGUGUGGAUGGCUAAACUGCCUACCUACCAUACUUUCAGGUUCUCUUACAUUUUACAAGGUACCUGACUUUCUUUCCUUGAUAUGGUCCUUGAUAUGGUCCAGCCUAUCUCUAAUUUUUUUAUUGUGAUUAUUUUUUGCUCACAAACAAAUGUCUAAUUAGGUCUGCAACAGCCCUAGUAUGAGUACAUAAAGUUUAGCAUUUUAAAUAUCUUUCUUUACUGCAAGUUUAAAUAGUUGUACAGAUAGUUUAUAAGCACAAUAUUUUAAGAAAAUAAGUGGCUGGUCUACUGGGCAGCCUUUGUGCCACUUCAGUGCUAGGAAGUUAAAAACAAGGAAAAAAAAAAACAACAAAAAAAAAACUUUUUGUGGUUUACUACUAUUUCUGUGGAAUAGUAAGUCUUGACCUUUUUAAAAUCAACCUCAUUUGGAUGCAUCUGAACCAGCAGAGCUGUGUUAUAUUUUCUAUCUUUGCUAGAACUUCUACAGAGGAGGAUGAAUAUUUCUUCAAAAGUGGUUGUAGUUACCAACACAUUGGAUACUCACAAAAAGCAACUUAUUUAGCCUCCUGCCCCCUUUAUGGAACAACAAAUAUUUUGACCUAACAUCUGUUACUACUCUAUAUUUGUAUUUGGAAGUUCCAAGGAACCUUGUAAUAAAAAAAAUGAAGUACUAAGUCAUUUUCCUUUCAAGAGUACUGAAUUUUUCCAUAGGUGGUGUAGAAAAUGGCAGUUCCACUCAGAUAGUUGAUGCUGGCAACUUGAGGCCAUCACAUACUUUAAGAAGUGAAAAAAAUGGUAAUUUAGCCAUCUUUGUCUUCCAUUUGGUGAUACGACAGAAUUCAGUAAAUAAACCACUAAUGCCAUGCUCUUUUUUCUUUUUUUGUUUGUUUGUUUAUUUGUUUUUGGUUUGUUUUGUUUCUUUGGGUAUAGUUGCUAUUACCUCUAUAACAUGUGCCAGAAGUACAUUAAAGAAUAACAGUAGUAAAAGAAAAUGUAGAAGUUGACUUUUAAGCUGCUUUUGAAUCACAACCUUGUUGAAUUUCUGUUGAACAAGUGCUGACACACCUUUUAAAUUCCAGUUGACAUCAUCCCUUUCUUACACAAGUGUGUUUCUUGCUCUCCUGCAUCUUUUCAGGCAAUGAAAGAGUAGGUGCAAUGCAAGGAGUAGAAAAGAGGUUGAACACGUUAAAGAGCCAACAAAAUAGUUGAUUUUUUACACUGUGUCUUACAAAAUGAAGGUAAGGAGACCUGAGAGGACCUACUUUCACCACGAAAAUACACCUCUGCCAAGAUGAAUUGGUGUCUAAGUGGGGGAUGGUUUGGCUACAGAAAGCAAUAGUAACAGAUAACGACAUCACCUCUGAGUGUUCUCACCAGUCUGGAAAUGUUGGGGGGGAGGAGAGAAGACCCAUUUCUUUCAUGCUACUCUGAUAGUGAAAAACAAGUCGUUAGAGAUCUAUGAUAUUCUGGGUUUUAGGAUCAACUUUUGUUUAUAUACUGUAAUUUAAAUAAAUUGCAUUUACAUGCCUAGUUUCUGUAAUAUUUGUGUAUACAAUACCAAAAUCCUACAAGAUGUAAAUUGUGUAUAACUGCACAGACUCCUUGCCCUAGGUGUCUGAGAACAUUUUAAGUUUAAUUCAUAUAUUAUAAAAUUACUAGAUGUGACUGUUGAUUUACAGAAUUUACAUAUCACAAAAAGUUAAUUAUUUGUGGUACUUAAGUUAAUAAAAAAAUAGUGAAUUCUUUUUCUUUUUUCUCAGUUCUUAAAAAGCAUUACCCAGUUGAUCUGGCGAUGAUUAUGUGUAUGAGCCACAAAUAUUGAUAAUUUUUCCAUUACAUUUUUUCUUUUCUUUUCUAGAUAUUAAUAUGUUUCUCGCUAUAGUUUGUGUAACAACUUGUGUUCACGUUAUCUAUGUUGCUGUAAUUUUUGUGCUUUAAUUCCUCUUAUUUCAACUGAUUAAAAAAAUCAAGCUCCUGUAACUUGCACUUUUCCCCAAUCCUUAAUACUCUUGUAUGGCAACCAAAAUUACUGUAAGAAAUAAAUAUAAUAUUGCA